AUGAGCACUUCUCGUCAGCAGGCCGUGCCACUUCCCGCUCAUGCCCCGAUAUCGACCAGCACAUCAUCAGCCACCCAGAAGAAUGCGCGCACCGCCUUUCCCGACAUGUUAGGUACACCGCCAAUUCCUCCCCCGAGGACCUCAUCUACCCACCACAGUCGCCGUAGUCCAAAUGGAGCCCCUACCGAAAAAACAAGUGGUUCCCGACAAGGCAAGAGCAAGUCUGAUCGAAAAGAAAGCCGCGAUCGCACCCGUGAGGACCGAAAUGGUAGGCCACGGAGGCACCAGCCCGAGGAGACACCUCGGGAGGCACAACCAUCAAGCACGGCUCUAGUCACAAACCCCACUGAGUCGCAAAUGGAUAGUGCUUCUGGCCAGGGAGAUUUUGUCAAAGAACAAAGCGCCGAGUUCAAUUCUGCGCCGACCAGCGACCAUGCUAUAGACCCAGAGAGAGAACAGGUACGACAGGCCGGCACAGAAAAUGCGUCUUCAUCUGGUUUCAGUGCAGCUGGCGCCGACGGUGCGGAGGAGGCUCGUGGGCCUCGAAGUCGGCACGAUUACAAUAAUGGAAACGUGAUCAAACGCAAGGAAACUACGUUUGGCUCGUACAUUCUCGGGCAAACCCUCGGGGAGGGUGAGUUUGGAAAGGUCAAGCUGGGGUGGAAGCGCGACGGUAGUAUCCAGGUGGCAAUUAAGCUCAUCCGAAGAGACACAUUGGGGACCAACCCAAGCCGACUCCCCAAAAUUUACCGUGAAAUCGCCAUUCUACGGGAGCUGGCGCACCCCAACAUUGUGCGCCUUCACGAAAUGGUGGAAACCGACCGUCACAUUGGUAUUAUCAUGGAAUACGCCUCAGGAGGUGAACUAUUUGAUUAUAUCUUAAAUAAUCGGUAUCUCAAGGACAAUUCUGCACGCCGACUGUUUGCUCAGCUGGUUUCCGGAGUUGGUUAUCUUCACAAGAAGGGUAUUGUGCACCGUGAUCUCAAACUGGAGAACUUGCUACUUGAUCGGAAUCGCAACAUCAUCAUUACUGACUUCGGAUUCGCCAACACUUUCGACCCAGUGGAUCCCCUGGACGAGGAAACCGAGUACAACUUGACCAACAAAGAAUAUGUGAAACGGAAGCGACUGGACAGAAUUGGUCCAAAUGGGCUAAGGCGAGGCGAUCUUAUGCAGACCAGCUGCGGCAGUCCCUGCUAUGCAGCCCCUGAGCUUGUCGUGAGCGAUUCUUUGUACACAGGCCGGAAGGUGGAUGUGUGGAGCUGUGGUGUAAUUUUGGUAUGUUUUCCCUACCGCCAUGACAAUCGGACUUUGAACUUACUUGUUUGUGAAUUUCAGUAUGCCAUGUUGGCGGGAUACCUACCCUUCGACGACGACCCAGCGAACCCGGAUGGCGAUAACAUCAACCUUCUUUACAAAUAUAUUGUCACGACUCCUCUCACAUUCCCGGAAUAUGUCACACCACACGCACGCGAUUUAUUGAGACGGAUACUAGUUCCUGAUCCCAGGAAACGUGCAGACCUGUUCGAGGUUGCCCGUCACAGCUGGCUCAGCGAGUUCUCGAACAUUGUGUCUCACAUCACAAGCAGCACAACAAAUGUUGUGGAUAUUGCGAACACAACCAUCCCCUCUGGUAAGGACUUAUCUUUUGCAUGUGUUCAAGCUUCAAGUUACUCACAUAUCUCUACAGAAAGCCAAAAGGAAGCACCGCCUCUUGUCCGCAGUGCCUCAGUGCGUGAACCACCGAAGGCACAUCAGAACAGUGCUCCCGCUGUUGGUGGUUUGAAUCAUCAUGCUGGGGAUGUUUCCCAAGAUCCUCCGUCCGAAAAGUCCAGGACUCCUCGCGAUGCUAAGCGGAGGACGGUACAAGUCGAAUAUGUUGCUCCUCAAUCACAAACGACCCGAGGAGAACCCCUGGUGGAAUCAUCUGCAUCACGCAGCCGAGGCCCGGCUCCAUCUGAGGCUCAAAUCGCGGCUUCUGUGCAGCAGCCGACAGAGCCUACGCACCAGCCUACAGAUGCACCGGUACUCAACCUUAACAAGCCACUUCCCAGUCACUUACCGCGCUCGACCUCGGACAACGCAGCACUUACUGGGUCCCAGGCGAUAGCGAUGUCUCAAGGGCCUCGGCCAGCUACUGGUGGAUCUAUGAACUCCUUUGGAAAUACGGGUCGUUUGCCUUCUCGCGGAUCCUAUGGACAGCCGGUGGCCCCUACUGUUACCGCAACCAACACAGAAGGCCGCCUGGCACAGCCUAAGAGCAGGCAAUUCGCUCUUGCACAGGAUCCUGCACCGGUAUCGAGCACCUCAAUUGGUCGCCCAAGCACCCAGAACCAACAGCUGCCUUCAACCUUCAACACGACACCUCGACAAGAGCCGCCAAAGGGCCAUAAGCGAUCCAAUACUGUUUCCAGCCUAGGCGAGAAACUUUUCGGUCGCUCCGGUUCAAUAUUGGGUGGCCGUUCGCAGUCUAACGCUACUCGUACAAAGCAGGACAAGCGUUACCCACCUGUCAGCAUGAAGGAGCCGCUACCGAGAGAAAACUCUAGAAUGUCUGUCGACUCCCGCCGCUCUAUGCAGUACCCCCAUAAUCGCAAGGCAAGCGAGUCUGGGGUGGAAACCCGUCCGCGUAGAUUCUCAUUACUCCCACAAUCCUUCUCGUUCCGGGGUUUCUCCAAUACCCGGGCUCAGACCCCGGAAGAAACCUCGCAGAUCCCUCGCCCCGUCGACCCCCGUGCCCCGCAACGCCCUGCUACGGGUCCUGCAGGUCCGGCGCAGGGUCGUUCUCGCGCGACAAGCUAUGGUACCCAAGAUGCCAUGGGAAUAGUCGACGAGGGCCCUGGCGAGGAUGUUCACACCCAAACCGAGCCACUCAGCUACGAGGCCCAGAUUGAUCGACAGUUUGCAGAUCUGGGGUCUCAAUUUGAUAAUCAGAGCGGUUCAUUUGGAGUUCCCUCAGCUGAGCAAGUCUACCAAAACUCCGCAGACCACCCUGGCCAGUACAAUCACUCGUCUAAGCCAAACUACUACGAUGAUUACAAUGGUCCAUACGAUAGCGUGCCUAGGCAGUCGAUGCAGGUUGGUCGAUCCGGACGUGGGCCGGGAGUUUUGCAGAAAAAUCACCGCAAAUUCGCCGACGCUUACGAAUAUGAGCGCGAUGGGUCUCACCAUUCCGGUAGCUCUGGGGCAGCACGUAAAGUCAUGGACUUUUUCCGAAGACGUGCCAAAUCCCGUGCCGGGGACGACCGUUGA